AUGGGUCUAAAGUCUAUAAGGAAGUUCAGAAAAGAGGUGGUAGGAACUACCUUCGGCCACACUCUACGAAACAUCAUCGGCAAGAUCUCCGGUGCUCUUCAUCCAUACGUCCGCAAAGUUGUUCCUAACUUCCGUACCGCCCAUUAUGUUUACAUUAUAUCCAUGGUGUUCAUUUCAUCGGUGAUUGUGUAUCCUAUUUCAAACUUCGAGUACAUCGACAUCUUAUUCCUUAUGAGUGGAGCGUGUACUCAGGCUGGCUUGAACACAAUCAACCUUAAUGAGUUGAAGCUCCUGCAACAGAUUUUAGUUUACAUAAUCACGACACUCACGACUCCCAUAUUCAUCCACCUGUCGCUUUUGUUUUUGCGUCUCUAUUGGUUUGAAAGACACUUUGAUAACAUAAAGGAAACUUCGAAACUCGACCACAGAAUGAGGCGUAGUGCUACAUCUAUGGCGCGAACAACUUCGAUCGAUCCGACUUUGGUAAACACCGUCAAUAAUCUGAAUUUGGGGUACCAAGAAGGACGUUUUCGCAACGAAGAUGUGGCGCAAAGGGAAAAGACAACUAGUCCUGUGCAUGUUCCUACCACACAACCCGAAGAUGUUUCUGAGGUAGAGGCAAUUGAUAUUGAACGUACGCCCACUCCCGUCGAUCAUCUUGAAUCGUCUCCUCAAAAGACUUCGGCCCUGACUCCUGAGGAGACUAAUGGUCAAUCGACGAUGUAUAGUCAACCAAGUGACCCAGCUCUGUUGGCUGAGCCCAUACCUGCCCAUAUUGACGAGAACAAAGACAAAAUCAAGUUCGGAGAUCUUCCUCAUCCCCUGAAAAGACGAAAGGAAUUUGAUCCAUCGGACAUGUACAAGUCAAUUGCUAUGCUUCAAAACAAUCGACUGGAUAGUGCAGCUGAGGAUGAUGUGUUGGUGAUAAAAUCUCCCAAGGAGAUUGAGAGGGAUAACAACACACCCAUUUACAUAAAGAAGUCUUCUACUCCUAAGAAACGCAGAAAGUGGGGUGUGAAGAACUUACGCAAAAAACACACUUGGGAAACUAUCAGACGAAAUAGCAGCUCAGGAAUUCGAAGAAGAUUUUCUCUGAACUCUUUAAACGAAAACGAAUCCAUUGACAGCGAAGAUGAGGACAACCGCCGAAGAUCAGGCUUCAUUGAUGAUGUUUUGGAUACCGAUAAUGAUGCAGAGACGGAUCACAACGCGGAAAAUUAUUCUGUUUUCUCUGAGACUUCAGCAAAUGAUGAUGAGGAUGAUGAUGAAGUUGAUCAAAAAUCAGACAGUAUUGGGCCUAAAGACACUUCCCAUUUGAAGUUUGCCGCAGCACCCGAACGUCACCCUCGGCCAAGGAAAACGAGGUCUCGGAGACUCAGCAGAUGGAGAACACCAACUCUUCUGCGUCAUCACACGCAAGGGACAGACGAAUGCCUGAAUGUUGAUACCGAUGACGAAGAGCCAUCUUUGAGCGAAGGUGAACAUUUACGCCAUGUUAUGAGCGCCAAUUAUUUAUCUUGGAUUCCCACCAUUGGAAGAAACUCUACAUUUGUGCAUUUAACGGAGGAACAAAAGGAGGAACUUGGUGGUGUUGAGUAUCGUGCUAUCAAGUUGUUGAUUAAAAUAUUGGUCGUCUUCUACAUAGGGUUCCAUAUUGUUGCAUUCUGCUUAUUUGUUGGCUUUAUCAAAGUGGCCAAGGGCUAUGCAGUUAAAAUGAGGGAACUCGGGUUCUCUCCUGUUUGGUGGGGUUUUUUUACAGCUCAAUCAUCUUUCAACGACUUGGGACUCACACUCACUCCCAAUUCCAUGAUGACAUACAGCAGGUCCAUCUAUAUAUUGGUCAUAUGCUCAUUUUUUGUCGUUAUCGGGAACACUGGUUUCCCCAUCAUUUUGAGAUUCAUAAUUUGGAUUAUGUUCAAAUUUGCAAGACCCAUGUCAUUGCUUAAGGAAUCUUUGGGGUUUCUUUUGGACCAUCCAAGACGGUGUUUUACUCUUUUAUUCCCAUCUAUUCCAACGUGGUGGUUGCUUUUUAUUUUGGUGGUGCUCAAUGCGACAGACUUGAUUCUUUUUAUCGUUUUGGACUUUGGCAGCGAAUAUUUGUCGCCAAUUCCGAAGGGCUUGAGAGUCUUGGACGGCCUUUUCCAAGCUUUCAGUACCAGAACCGCUGGCUUUUCCGUUGUUGAUUUAUCUCAGUUGCAUCCAUCCAUUCAAGUCAGUUAUAUGAUCAUGAUGUACAUCUCGGUGCUUCCUUUGGCCAUUUCGAUCAGAAGAACUAACGUCUACGAAGAACAAUCAUUGGGUAUCUAUGCAACUGCUCGUGAUGAAGAUGCAACAGAAGAGACACCUAAGAAUUUUAUCGGUUCACACUUAAGAAAUCAAUUAUCCUUUGACUUGUGGUAUAUUUUCUUGGGUCUCUUUAUUAUUUGCAUUGCUGAGGGCGGCAAACUUAAGAGAAAUGAUUAUCGAUUUACGGUGUUCACGAUUCUUUUUGAAAUCAUUUCUGCAUACGGUACAGUGGGUCUUUCAUUGGGGUAUCCUAACAUCGAUCAAUCAUUAUCACACGAGUUCACCACUAUUUCUAAACUUGUUAUAGUGGCAAUGAUGAUUAGAGGUAGACAUAGAGGAUUACCUUAUUCCUUGGAUAGAGCUAUUAUGCUUCCCGAUGCUGAUAUGCAGAGAAGAGACAUGAUGCAAGAGACACACGCACAAAGAACUCAAAGAGUUGACUCCAUAUCCACUCACUCCAAUAACGAUGCGUCUACUAUUGAUAGACUCAACGGUUUGAGGAAAACAAUCACGCGAAAAGCCGCUGCAUACCGAAAAAACUCACUUUUCCCUGCUCCAACAAAGUUACCAGAAGACUUUUACGAAAUGAACAAUUACCCACGUCUGAGUCGAUAG